UGCCAUGGCGAAGCGUCACAGUGACAGUCGGAGUACCGAGGCAUGGAUUCGAUCUGUUUGAAAGAAUGAUUUCGGCGAGCUGGAGUUGACAGUACGCCUGCUGUCCCGUUCCAGCCACCCCACCUAGAGUGUGGUCGUCUUGGUCGUCGAAUUAAAGGGGUUGCAAAAUUAGUUACCCACCCUUAAGAAAGUUCCACGGCCAUUUUCUGCAUGGGAAGACAACAGAGUUGCUAGCUAGCUAGUUCAUUUGGUAGCUGGGACAACAGUUGUUUUGCUAACUCCUGAAUCAUCCUUACAAUUUCCUCGCUUCAGGCAUCACCAUUCAGAAGUCAUGAAUUCGUGGAAAUGAACAGAAAGGAAGGGGAAAGCAUGAAUUCCCAUGGCACAAUGCCGGAUAAUUCCCAGGACAACCGAGAGCGCAAACUGAGCCGGCAGUCUCUUCGGAGCAUUGGGAAGGAGUCGGAGCGCUCGUACCACAGUCGGAAACUGGACAAGCGGUCGGAGGAUGCCGACAGCUCACUGGGGGACCGCAACCACAACGGGGACCAGGAGCCAAGGCUGGAGCGGGCCCGCACCAGAACCAAGGAGCUGGCGGAUACGGAUCGGGGUCGAGACCCAGAUCGAGACCGGAUGUCAGAUGGGGAGAGGAGCAGCGGAUCGUUCUACUCGGAAGAUUACGACAAGCUGACGCCGUCGGAGCGUUCUAUCUCUCCGGGUUCUCUAUCUGUGAGUCCACGCCGGCCAGCACGGGCCAGGAGAGUGACCAGCAGCCCACUUCACAGAGCAGGUUACCAUAAGGGGGCUUCCCACCCUUCACAUCGCACAGGUUACCGUAAGGGAGCGUCCCACCCUCCACAUCUCAAAGGUCAUCGUAAGGGAGUGUCUCGUCCGCUGCGCCCCGGUGUGCAGCACCCCCCUCACCGCUGGGGCGGCACCAGCUUCGGCGCCCAGGGUGUGGCCGGGGUCCGAGUGGGCCAGCGGUCCUCCAGCCUGACCAAGGAGCCACCGGCGAGGGACCUGGACCUGGUGACCAAGCGCCUGCUCUCAGCGCGGCUGCUCAAGAUCCACGAGCUGAAGAACGCCUUCGCCGAGCUCCAGCUGAAGACGGACGAGCUGCGCAAGGAGAACCGUCUGCUCCGGCAGCUACAGCUGCGCCACGAGAAGGCUCUGAAUCGCUAUAGCGACACGGAGAGCGAGAUCGCCCAGCUGCUGGCGCGCCACAGCAACGAGACGCACGCGCUGCGGGAGCGUCUGCGCCGCAGCCAGGAGCGCCUCCGCGCGUCGGAGCGCGGCCAGCGCGAGGCGGACGAGCGGCUGCAGAGGAGCGAGCAGGAGCUCCAGAAGCUGAGGAAGCUCGCCGACGACCAGCGACUCGGGGAGAGAGAGGAGCUCUCCCGCAGGCUCGAGGCCAGCCAGCAGAGGGUGCAAGAUAACGAACGCAAAAUGAAGGAGCUGGAACGGAACAUGGAGCUGAGCAAUGGGAGCUUCCAGAGGCAGCUGGUGGGAGAGAGGAGGAGAACCCACGAGGCGCAGGAGGAGGUGCGCUCCCUGCAGGAGGAAGUGGAGAGACUUACGCUUAAGCUGAAGGAUAAGGAGAGAGAGCUGGACACCAGGAACAUCUACGCCAACCGCAUGCCGAAGACCCACACGGACAAUAUGGCCAAGAAGAAAGCCGACCAUGAUGUUCCUCCCUAUGUAGUUUUGUGCUCCAGGUCGGAAAACCUGCGAAGAUUCCCAAGCAGGAGUAGCAGUAAGGCGGUACAGACAGUAGACAGGACGAUCUCGCUGGACUUCCCCUCCCCUCCCCCCGCCAUCACCGACGGCAGCGAGUUCACUGAGCACGGGGCUGACGAUUACCUCUCUCUCAAGAUUCAUCAACCUCUGGAACCUACAUCCCAAAGGGUAACUAAGGAACUACAGAACGGAGAACAGACGUCGAAAGAGACAAACGCAUCAAGAGAUCGAGAACAAGAACGAGAGCGUGAGAGGGAGAGAGAGAGGGAAAAGGAACGACGGAGAGAGGGAAUGAAGAAGGAGAAGGAGGACAAGGAGAGGGAGGAGAAACUGAAGUUCGACCAGGAGCUGAACACCUUGGAGGAGAAGGCCAAAAGACUCAGAGAUGAUAAGUUAGCGUCACGUGACCCUACGGUCUCAGACACCCACUCAGUGGAGGGAGCUGGCCCAGCCUUUUAUGAGCUCAACAACUGGGAAAAGGAGGAGGACACCAGGAAGAAGCGCAGUCUCUCCAAUCUCCAGAAGGAGGAUGAGAACAGGCGUGGGCACGGCCUCACUAAGGAAGAGGAAGUUAAAGCUAAAGACAUAGAGAGUCCCUCUGCCACAGUGUCCAAUCAGGAGAGAGUGGAGGAGGAGAGUAGUCGGAAACAGCACCUCCUGGAGAAGAUGCGCCAGAUCGACAAGCAGAACCAAGGGGGCGACCCGGACCGGUUCUUCUCCGACCCGGCGGGGGAACCGGUUUCUGAGACGCGCUCUUCCUCGCGGGUCUCUGAGCCGCGGAACCAGAAUUCGUCCAUCUUCAGCUUCACGGAGCCAGCGGAGAACGUCACCUUGCGGGGGGGUUCGGAGCGCGGUGGUGGCGGGGGGGAGGGUGUGACGGGGGGGCGCAGGGGAGGCCUCAGGGGCUCCCAGAAGCCCAGUGAAGAGGAUGGCUUCUCAUUCGGCAGCUAUGCGCCAUCGUUCGGCCGCCCGGCCCAGAGAGCCGCCCUCUCCUCCACCUCCACCUCCACCUCCAGGAGUCGGCCGGAGAUCGCCCCCAAACCAGUGCUCGACUCUGGGCUUGACACUGGGCUGGACCUGGGCACGGACCUGGGAGGGGUAGGGAAGGAGCGCAAGUCCAACCUCAUGCAGCAGCUCUUUGGGUUGGCCACCGCCCCAGUGCCCCCUUCCUCCAAGAUGGAGGUCCUGAACCACCCGCCCACAUCCAACCCCCCCUUGUCGGGUGUGGGAGGGCGCAGAAAAGACACAGAGUCACCGCCUAGCAACAACAACAACAGUAGAACGUUGCCUAGCACCAGGAGCACCCUGCACAUCACUGAAAGCCGUCCGGCGGUGAGGGCAAUCCCCUCGUUCGACGACGACAUUGAGGAGCUCACCCUCUGAUCACCGACAUCACUGUGGUCUGAACACUAAGAGACAUUUGUUAUUGUGGACAGGAAAAGGGAUCUAAACUUUCUGCUCUGUCCUGUCAAGCACUUUUACAAGCACCAAAUCAUUUCAGAUAAACAGAGGUCUAACUGAAAAAAUGCCCAUGGGUCCUAGAGUUCAUUAACUCAUUACUAUAUCAUAUGUGUGUUGUAACACACACACAUACACAUGCAGCACAACUCGCUUUUCUCUGUCCUUAGUACAAAAUGGCAGCAACAGCAUUGUUAUACUCUCAGCCAGUCUGUGUGUGUGUGUGUGUGUGUGUGUGUGUGUGUGUGUGUGUGUGUGUGUGUGUGUGUGUAGACUCCAUUGCAAAGUGCCGUGUUGUCUGUUCUUAUAUCUACCGAUUUUGGAAUAAGAUGAUAGUGACUUUGGAGAUCUCCUGUAAUCAGGUUUUAUUUAUCUGUGUGUGUGUGUGUGUGUGUGUGCGUGUGUGUGUCUUUUUGUUGUUUAAUUAUCGCAACAGAUAACACUAUCAAUUAUGUCUUUUGAUGCCAUUGCAGAACCUCUCUUCUUGAAACAGAAUCACUUACAUUAACUUUCUCACCAGUCAGUCGCUUUGCUCUACCCUAAAGGAGAGGAGUUUAGUCACAAUCUCCACAAGCUCUACUGAUAUUUGGGGAGCUUUUGCUUUGUCCCUGCACGUCAACAUUUGGUUUAGAGGGGGAAGGGACAUGAACGACACCUAACUUAGUCAAUACACACACACCACGGCUGGGGCUUUAGAUGGUGUGAGAAGACUCUUUAGGACUUUGUUAAAGGACACAAUGAAGACAGAAAUCGACUUGCUCAAAGCUUAUUUUGUAGGAUUUGAGUGGAUGGUAAUAGUGUCAUAAUGUACUUUUUUUUCAUCACUAUGUUUGUCUCUGUGAUGCACUUCUCAGAGAGCUUUAAGAGAGGUGAUGGGAAGACAGGAACCCAGUGAGAGAGCUGAUGUUUGGCCAGUGUGCUGGCAGAGUGAGGAACUGUUGUGCAUGAAUGUUUGUGAGGGACUGGGCUCUCCUACCACUUGGGGACUUUGCAAAAAGCGCUACAUAGCCCUGGUCAGACAUUAGACACCUAUGCGCCAAGCACAGUUUCAUUUUGACACAUGGAAGAGACACACACACACACACACACACACACAAGCGUGCAAACGUGCAGAAAUGAAACGGAAAUCAAUCCCGCCCAAGUCAGUGUAUUUCUUAGCUAUGGCUCUUAAAAGUGUCACACUCACACUCAUCUGGUAGGUACUGUACACCACACACUGUCAUCUCAAACUGUAAAACCACAGAGCACUAAGCUAGGCACUUUUGCCCUGGUGUGCAUCAUCUUACAUGGUCCUAAUCGAGUGAUACUCUACUGCUAUGAGUUGCUUCAUCGUCUUGUCAUGAAACAGAUGUGUGUGUGUGUGUGUGUGUGUUCGUCUGUAUUUGGGUUUGAGGAAGAAGAAGAAACAUUCCUAUUGAGGUCAUACGAAUGUACGAAGAUGUUUCAUUAGUUAACAACUGUGUUACAAAUAACACAUCGGAUUGAUAAUGGUGAAAGAGUUUUUAGGUAAACAUCCCUUUAGUAUCUAAGGGUUUGUUUAUGGUUGUACAUGUUUUUGUAUAUUUCCAUACUCUGCUCUAUCAAAGCUUUUGUUGUUUACACGUUUACAUUCAGUGCAGGUAGGGCAUACUGAUCAUGGUCAUGGUCAUGCACUCUUAAAGAAAGUAUUCCCUGUUCCUUGACACUUUACCUUGACAAUGUAUCAUUUAUAGGCCUACUGUAAACCAUAUGUCAACAUGUUGUCCCCCCAGAGUAGAAAAAGUUUUCACUUUCUCAGAUACUUCAUAUAAUAUGAAAUUUAUUUUGUAUAUGGUUACAACAGAUGGUGUAUUUGUUACUGGCAUCACUUUCAAAUCGUAUAAAAUUACAAUUCAUUAUAAAGGGUUUUUGUAUAUGUUUGGUUUUUGUAUGUCUAAUGUUUUUUCACCCUAAAUCGUGGAGUUUGUGUAUGUGGCAGUUUUGUUCAAAUUUUGUUGUACUGAGGCUUGUAUCAUCCAUACAACUAAUUUAAAAGUUGUGUAAGGGACAUACAAUACCUCCUUGUCCACUAGAAACUUUAAAAUGUAAAGCAUUGCCAUAGGGAUCAGAUUGGCCUCUGUUUGCCAACAUUUGUGGUAGCACUGUAUUUUACAUGUCACUAUUAUUAGCCUCUACCGACAAUCACUUUAUAAUAAUUAUGACCAAGCUCACAUCUGAAGAGCACAUCUGAAAUGUCUGUGGUGAUGUCUAUUCUAUGUCUGUUAAUUAGCUUUACUUUGUAGAAGAUAUGUUCUUCUUUUUAUAUUGCGUUAUUUAAUCAAUGUAAUAAUGUGAAUGUUAACACUCUGUUUUUUAAUUUUUUAAAUAAAGGUUUUCAAAGGUU